GAAACAGGCGAGAAGCACAAAGAGCUCAGAGAGAGGACUGAUCACUUCUACACACUUCUACACACUUCUACACACUUCUACACACAGAGCUCAGAGAGAGGACUGAUCACUUCUACACACUUCUACACACUUCUACACACUUCUACACACAGAGCUCAGAGAGAGGGCUGAUCACUUCUACACACUUCUACACACUUCUACACACAGAGCUCAGAGAGAGGACUGAUCACUCCUACACACUCCUCAGCAGCACCCUGUAGUGGAUUACACACUGAGCUGAUCUUUAAACAUGACUUUCGAGGAGAUUUGCCAAGAAGAAAACAGCACAUUUUGCACAGAAAUUUGCACAGAAACCAGCGACAGCGUGCGCAUGUGCAGUGCAGGUCGGGUUCUGGAGGAGGUGUUGGUUUCAUCCAGACAGCAGGACUGCCUCACAGUGGGAGUGUAUGAGUCUGCAAAAGUCAUGAAUGUUGACCCGGACAGUGUGGCUCUGUGUGUCCUGGCCUCAGGUGAUCAGUAUGAGUGGGAUGUAGCUCUGCAGAUCCACUUCACCCUCAUCCAGGCUUUCUGCUUUGACAAUGACAUCAACAUCGUGCACGUGAACGACAUCGGGCGGCUCGCACACGUCGUCAGUGAAGUGGGAACGAGCGACAGCGGGGACACGCACUGCGUUUUGGUCACGAGGCCGAGCGAGGCGGCGUGGAAGGACACGGGUCUGGAGAAGCUGGCUGUGUUCUGUGAGGAGCGGAGAAGUGUGUGUGAGUGGGUUCCUACUGUCACACUCCCUGAACGAUGAAGUGCACUAACCGGCUGUGUCUCAAUUACACCAACCACCAAACGGGACGAGUGUCCUGACCGUCAGAUCGUCCUGCCUGAGAGGGGUCUCGUCUGGACCAAACAGGAGCUGUGUGUGUGUGUGUGUGUGUGUGUCGGUCUACACGGAGAGCAUGUGGAAUGUUGCAUGAUGGGACGGCUGGAAGUGAAAUGAGGAUGGACUGGAGAAGAUAUGUGAGUUCAGGAACUGUUAGAGGAACCGUUAGAGGAACUGCUUGUGUGUUUCUGGAGGAAUGGCAGCAUGUGUAAGAGGAGGACAAUCAGGAAGUGACAUUUGGGAUGUUGGAUUAAGAAGUGGUGAACUUCCUGUUCUCCAGGGAUAUAACUUGAUUUGUUUUUUUGUAAUUUUCUCUAAAGAACUCUGUAAACUGUAUCUGAAU